CUCUUUUCCCUUGAACCAACAUGUCGAAGAGAGGACGUGGUGGUUCGUGUGGAGCGAAAUUUCGCAUCUCUCUCGGUCUCCCUGUGGGAGCCGUGAUCAACUGUGCUGACAACACAGGGGCCAAGAACCUCUACAUCAUCUCAGUCAAAGGGAUUAAGGGGCGCUUGAACAGACUUCCAGCUGCCGGUGUUGGAGACAUGGUUAUGGCAACAGUAAAGAAAGGAAAGCCCGAACUGAGGAAAAAGGUCCAUCCGGCGGUAGUGAUACGGCAGCGGAAGGCAUACCGAAGAAAAGACGGCGUGUUCCUCUACUUUGAAGACAAUGCGGGGGUAAUAGUAAAUAAUAAAGGUGAAAUGAAAGGUUCUGCAAUCACAGGCCCCGUUGCCAAAGAAUGCGCAGACCUGUGGCCCAGGAUCGCCUCCAACGCAGGCAGCAUUGCUUAAAGCACCUGUACAACUCAAUAAAUAUGUUCCCCUCAACACUUGCUGUGCCCUUUGAUUUAUUUGGGUAUCGAUAAGCAUAUACCUCUCUGUAAAGCUGUUUUGUAGUUCUGCAAAGGAUGUUUGUAAUCAAAGGUAUCACUGAUCCUGUGUCUUUUGUAAAUAAUAAUUAAACAUUUAAUAGAUUUC